AUGUUGGUUUCCAUUCGCCGCGGUCUGUUGACAAAGGCCGAGGCGGCCCUGCGCAGCAGCGCAGUUCGUUGUUCUCCAGCUGGUCUGCAGCAGAGGCAGCUGCAUCAAAGUAUUCCGCGUCACAACACAGCUGUUAACCCUGGUUGGCCAGUAAUGUGGACAAACAUUUAUGACAAGCCUGGCUGGGACACGGAUCUGGAACUUGAGUAUGACGUGAUGCCGCGCGAUGAGUUUGGAGUUCCCGCGCACAUCCCUCCAGAGAUUUCCACGACAAUCCGCCACACGUAUUAUAUCCCGCCGCAGUACUACCCAUUCCUGAAAAAGUUGGGCGAUGACACCCCAGAGCUCAAGCCUUGGAUGGACAAGCUCAUUAACGGCGAAAUGACCUUCGACGACUACGAGGAGAUGUUCUAUCAGUUUGCCAAGCCUCUGAAGAUUCAUCGGCCGCUGAUUCCGAUGCCUUACCGAACUGCGGAGGAAAUGAAGAAGAGCGAAGAGGUGGCCUGGGAGGGAGCCUGGCUCUCCUUCCGACAGCGGGUCAUCGGAGAUUACCUCGCCAGGCACUACCUGCGUGACUUCAUUGGCGGGAUGGGCAUUGGUCUGUUCUUUGCCUGGGUCUACAUCCAGGCUCAUCGCCAGUACCGCAUCGACAUGAAGCUCUUCUACUUGGAGGCCCCAGAGCACAAGAUCAACUGGGUAGUGCCGCGUGGAGAUCUCUGA